AUGGUCAAAUCUUCUAAGAAAGUGAAAAAUGAGGCGACACAAAAUCCUGAUACAAAAAUUAACUUUGAUUCCUCAAUGUUUGUUGCAAUGCUAGAAUCUUCUUGUCGUAUUCAGUUAUCAACUGCUCUUCAUUUCUUCCGGAAAACGUUUGCAAGCGGGCAGGAUACUUCGAGUGUUAUGAUCAAAGAACAGUAUUAUUCGAGAAUUAAAAAUGGGGUUUUGAAUGCACUCCGUAGUCACAUUCUAGAUAUCGAUGGAGAGGUGAACGCAGUGUGGAUUAUCACAAAUAUGUGCUGUAUUAAUCAAGAAGUUACUCAUCUCUUCGUUCAAUCGAACGUCAUCGACACACUCACACAACUCGUUCGUUCUGCCAACCAUCGUCUUUUGAAUCAAACCAUUUGGGCACUGGCAAACAUCGCUGCAGAUUGUCCAUCCUGUAAAAUGAUGUGUCGGAAACCGAAACUUCUGAAAGCUCUUUCAAAACUGUUGCAAACUCCACAAUUACUCGAUGAAACUGAAUAUCGUCAUCUGAUUUGGUGCAUCAAUAAUAUUCUUUCUGGUGGAAGAGCAACGAUGACCUCUCCUGUUGCCCGCUCUUUGAUUCGCGGUUUUUCCAACAUACUUUUGGAUACAGAGAAAGUUCAGAAAAUGAAAUGUGGUCCAAUGAUUUUGUGGACUAUGGCUAAUUUGGUGGACAGUACACAUGAUACUACUAGGAUUGAUAUGCUUCUAUCACAACCGCUUCUCAUCGAACAUGUUCUCAUGCUUUUCCUGGAUGAAAACGAGAAACCAUGUCAUACUGCGGCUCUCCGUCUACUUGGAAAUAUUGUUGUGGGGAAUGACGCUCAAACCGAUCAACUUCUAGAAUACCCCCACUUCAGAACUGUCAUGAACAUUGCUAUGUCGUGUGCUGAGUUUAAUAGUGAAGCUGCAUGGAUCGUCUCGAAUAUUGUUGCUGGUUCUCCGCGUCAUGUGGAUUUCGUUUUGGAAAAGCCAGAGCAUUUCUACUCGUGGCUGUUAGCUGGAAUCAACUCAAAAGAGGAACGAAUGAGAAAGGAAUCGUUAUGGAUUGUUGGUAAUCUUCUGGCAACUGCUGACCAAUUUCAACGAACACUUCUCGUCACUCUCGGAGUCACGCAUCAUUUACCCGCACUUCUGGAGUGGAACGAUAUCCGAUUGAGAGAGAAGGCAGCUACAACUGCUGCCGAGUUGCUCAGAGAGAACACAUGGCAGUACAAGUUGUAUCAGGAUCUCAACAUCAUUGAAUGCAUCGAAGCUGCAGGACAACGGUUCUCAACCCAAAAAGCGGAACUUCAAAUGUUGAUGAACGAUCUGGAGCCACCGAAACGUCCAAAGAACGAAGAUCCGGAUUGUCGAGUAAUCUGUUAUAGUUCUUUGCCCUGA